AUGGAUAAAUCUAUGUCGGAAUCGAACUUAGAUCUCCUGCCUAUAGAUAAUACUCCACCAAAUUUUAUACAUUCGCGUAUCAAAAGAAGGCGUGAAGAGGUGGAAUAUGUUUCAGAAUUGGACACAUUUAAAGAAGACAUAAAAAAUACUAUGAUCAACUUGUUCACUAAGCACAAAGAGGAAUUUAAGGAUAUCAUGCCAACACUAAAAGAAAUGAAGCAAGUGAACACAAAUAUUCAAAACUCCAUUGAAUUUCUUUCGAAGCAGAAUGAAGAAUUUAAGCAAAAGAUAGAGUACUUAGAAAGUCAAGCAAAGAUUGAUAGGGACCAUAUCAGUCUUCUUGAGGAAACAAUAGAAGAGAUACAAAAGACACAACGUAAGAGCAACUUUGAAAUAAAAAAUGUGCCCUUGAAAGACAAGGAAACAAAAGACAGUCUAGUGGAAAUGGCUCUAUGUUUAGCAAAAUAUGUGGGUUCUAACUUAAAAGCAACGGACGUGAAAGAUAUUUACAGAGUUCGUGCGAAAAAGCGGGAUAUUCAAAAUACCUCAAUUGUUGUAGAAACAAACUCCACAGUGCUUAAAACGGAAUUGAUACAGAUGACUAAGCAUUUUAACAUCACACAUAAAACUAAAUUAUGUGCUAAGCAUCUUGGUUUCACAAAGGCAGAAGAUACACCAAUUUUCAUAACGGAACACUUAACGCGCACUGCAUCUCGACUUCACUUCUUGGCAAGAGACUUGGCAAAAUCCAAAGGAUACAAAUAUUGCUGGACCGCAUAUGGAAAAGUCAGAAAAAAGGAGGGACCGCUUUCAGCGGUGAAGAAGGAAGAAUUCCCGCCUUUACAAAAGGUGAAGAAACUGAGUGUGGUUGAGCCGAAUAAACCUGGCUCAUCUAACUGUUAUGUUGGAGGGAACGAGUCGUCGGAGUCGGAGGAAUCUGACGAGAUCGAUACAGAGUUCUAUACAGAGAGCGAGGAUGAAACCUCUGCUCCUAAUGCGUAG